CUUUAUGUAAUCUCAUUAUGCUUUGUUGUCUCUCUAUUUUGUACCUAAGCCUUUUUGGCUAUAUGUCUAGACAUGUAUUUAAUGUUCACAUAUACAAUAAAUGCAACACUUAUACAUUUUUCAUGUCUUCUACCUUCUAUAUAGACAUUCAUCCAUUUGUAGUGAAUGUGUAAACAUUCAUGAUUUAUAGUUUAUCAUGAAUGUCCCGCCCCUUCACAUGCCCUGGCCGUCUGCGUCCGAACCGCGACUUCACGUCUAAUUCCCCGACCGAGUUCGAAUGCACUGCCCGUUUGCACGACCUCGCCCCUUCUGAAGGCCCUGAUUAUGCACGUUCGGUCACGAACCCUCUCGCCUAUUUUUUUGGAAAAUGUCGAAGAAAACAAACAUAAAACUUACGUUAAAUGAUCAUUCAUGAUAUUUUUAAGUUAUAAAUGUUGAACUCUAUGUUUUUAUUAAGAUUUUUACAUACUUAAUGGGAAUAUGCACUUAAACGAAUGCGUAAUUCAGCGGGAGAUUAAUGUAAUUUAGUUACGAUAUGAUGAUGAUAAUCGUUGACAGAGUAAUUUAUCUCGCUGCUUAGGUGAUGAUAAUGGUGUUGCUAAGUGGAUAUGGUGGCGGCAGAUUCAAUUGCGGUGGGAAGCAAUGAGUAAAACGUGGGAAACAAAUUCUGAAUUUUAUCGAUUGCUAAUAAUUUUUUCUUAUAAUUAUAAACUAUUACGAGAGAGAGAGAGAGAGAGAGAUAGACUUAAAUGUAUUAUUGUUAAACUACUAUCUCCCAACCAAAUCCCCCUCCAGCUAUUUGUGUUUUUUAUUGGAAACAAUUCAGCAAUAUAAUUCAGAGCAUCAGAUCCGCAAGCCAUUCCACAAGCAGAAUCCCUGAAAAUGGCGGGCAAUCCUUCCUCCGGCACACCGACGGCAAAAGCCCUGAAACCUAAACUCCCCUGGAAGACCCGGAUCUUCAUCACCCUCCUCUCCGCCUUCACUGACGCCUCCCGCCGCUCCAACGGGACCAUAAAUCGCCGACUCAUCUCAUUCAUCGAUUUCCGCGCCGCCGCUAACCCUACCCCUGUCCGCGGCAUCCGAACCAUCGACGUCACCGUCGAUCCCUCCCGCAACCUCUGGAUCCGCCUCUUCGUCCCGUCCGAUGGCGCCGGGCGCCGGAAUCUCCCCAUCGUUGUCUUCUUCCACGGCGGCGGAUUCGCCUUCCUCACUGCCGACACCCAAACCUACGACAUCGUCUGUCGUCGCCUCGCCCGCAAGAUCCCCGCCAUCAUAGUCUCUGUCAACUACCGCCUCUCCCCUGAAAACCGCUUCCCCGCUCCUUACGACGACGGCUUCGACACCCUCCGAUUCAUCGACUCCGGUGGGAUCGACGCCGUCGCUGGCCAUCUCGGCGAUCCCUCGUCCUGUUUCCUCGCCGGCGACAGCGCUGGGGCCAACAUCGCGCACCACGUCGCCCGCCGUUGGGCAGGCAACGGUGGAUGGAAGAAGGUGAAGCUAUCGGGGCUGGUCCUCAUCCAACCGUUUUUCGGGGGAGAGGAGCGAACGAAAUCAGAGAUUGCGCUCGCCGGAGCUCCACUGGUGUCAACUGAUAGGACUGAUUGGCUCUGGAGGGCGUUUUUGCCGGAGGGAGCGGAUCGGGACCAUGAGGCGUCUAAUGUUUUCGGGCCCAAAGACUUGGGGGAGUUGGAGAAGGGGUUUCCGCCGGCGAUUGUAGUGAUCGGCGGCUAUGAUCCGCUGCAGGAUUGGCAGCGGCGUUACGGAGAGGGAUUGAGGGCGAGGGGGAAGGAGGUGAGGAUAUUGGAGUUCCCGGAGUCCAUCCAUGCUUUCUAUAUCUUUCCGGGAAUGGCUGAUGGCGUGAAGCUUGUUGAGGAGAUGGGGAAGUUCAUAUGGAGCCACAGCAAGAAGGAUAAAGAGGCGGAGUGAGAGUGUUGUUUUCGAACAAUUAUUAGCUAAAAUCUCACAAAAAAACUCGGUAUUUGUUCGGUAUUGCUAGAU